CCAAAGGAGGAAAAACAGGCUUUACUCUCUUUGGUGUUUUGAGCUUUGGCCUGGGCAUGUCACAUGACUGCAGAGCAAACUCAGGCAGCCAUUACUCAUUGCUGAAAUGGCAAACAAAUGGCAGUCAAAUGUUGCACUGCCAGGGAACUUAGGUUGAAGUGGGAGCAAGGCCCUCUUUUCCCCAUUUGCCACCAAUACCCCACCACCACCACAUCCUCCUGAUAGUAAUAGGGAGAAAAUAGGAUUGUAGGAUGGGGGAGGGGAGACUGGUGUAAAUCUUUUGUAAGAUGACUGCCUGGCCCAUUGUCUGUAUGUCUGCUGAGCCUGGCACAGAAACUAGUGGCACAUUACACAGAAGCUGUUGUCAGUGCCCCUUUUCCGCGAAUCUAACAUGUCAAUUCACAUCUAUUAUUGUCUAAUCAUCCAUUCUACAAAAUUCCUGUGUUGUUAUUGUGGACUCUGGACUCAAAUCUGUAAUGCGCAUGCAUUCCAUACAUGUUCUGCUACAUCAUAUCAGUGGAGUUGAUAAUGACCUGCUGUUUUUGAGGAUUGCUGAAAUACAAAAGAAUGCAGGGAAGUAUUAAGUAUUAGUUAUUUCUCCCUGAGCAUGUAAUGAACACCAUGUUCAGCAUCCGUCACAACGAGGCGUAUGAGUGGGUCAGCAAAAAUGACACAUUCUCAUUUUAGCAACUCACAGAACCAUUACAUACUAUAUGAAAAGGGCAGAGAGUCACCAUUAUGUAAAUCAUAUAUACUGUUUAUUAUAUGGACACACUCACAGUACCCUGCCCCAAAAGCAAACAGUUAUGGGGUUUGACUUAGUGAUCCAUCCCUUUUUUUGAAGACAUUGUCCUUAUGUAUGUAGAGGUUGACUGAAUCAUACGUCUUAAGAUAUUUUCUUAAAGCCUUUGUCUUGAUGGUUGGAAGUCAUAAGAGUUCUCAGUACCCAUCUGUUCGUUUUUAGACUUUGGAUAUAUGAUUAAAAUGAGCUUUUGUUAAUGUUUAAAAAAAAAAAAAAAAACUGUCCCUGAUUUAUAAUGAUUAUAGCAUCAGAUAAUGAGGUUAGCUUCCCCAAGGAAUCAGUGCAUUUCUGCUGGUUCUUAUAUGAGAGAAUGAACGAUAAAUAGGCAAUAGAAUGGCACCUACCCCACCGUCCAAUCAGACAAUCUUAUGCAAGUGUCUUGCCGCGCUGAGAGGGAGACAGAACCUGAACAGCACAUAGAAAGGCAUGUUGUGGAAAAUUUCACAACCAUCCUUUGAUUCCAAAGCAAAGGUCAUCAAAUGAAGAAUGUGUCAGUUUUGUUCAUUAACAAAAGCUUGGCUGAGGAGGAAAUCAAGACAGUUUCUUCUGUGGUCGAGGGGAUGGAAGUAUCGGUACCACCAAAAGGACCAGCAGAAGCAACACUGGCUUGUCACAAACGAAAAGCACCCAGUCCCCCUCACUCCUCUAAUGGCCAUUCACCAUCUGACACAUCUCCCAGUGUCAAGAAGAAAAAGAAACCUGGCUUGGCUACUGGCAAUAAUAAGGAUCAGUGUGAGCUAAGACAUGGUCCAUUUUACUAUGUCAAGCAGCCUGCACUCACCGCAGACCCUGUUGAUGUUGUGCCACAGGAUGGGAGGAAUGACUUCUAUUGCUGGAUGUGCCACCGUGAGGGCCAGGUGCUCUGCUGUGAGCUCUGCCCACGUGUGUACCAUGCCAAGUGCCUCAAACUGGCUGCUGAGCCUGAAGGCGACUGGUUCUGUCCAGAAUGUGAGAAAAUAACAUUCGCAGAGUGCAUUGAGACUCAAAGCAAAGCUAUGACAAUGCUGAAUCUGGAACAGCUAUCCUACCUGUUGAAGUUUGCCCUGCAGAAAAUGAAGCAGCCUGGGACAGAGCCAUUUCAGAAACCAGUUUCUCUGGAGCAGCAUCCUGACUACGCAGAGUACAUUUUCAACCCAAUGGACCUGUGCACCUUAGAGAAGAAUAUCAAAAAGAAGAUGUAUGGCUGCACCGAGGCAUUUUUGGCAGAUGUGAAAUGGAUCUUACAUAACUGUAUUAUUUAUAAUGGAGGGAAUCAUAAACUUACUGCAACAGCAAAGGUUAUUGUCAAGAUCUGUGAACAUGAGAUGAAUGAAAUUGAAGUUUGUCCAGAGUGUUACCUGUCAGCUUGCCAAAAGAGAGACAAUUGGUUCUGUGAACCAUGUUCUCACCCCCAUCCACUGGUUUGGGCUAAGCUGAAAGGUUUCCCUUUCUGGCCUGCUAAAGCUCUGAGGGACAAAGAUGGACAGGUAGAUGCUCGCUUCUUUGGCCAACAUGACAGAGCCUGGGUGCCCAUUAACAACUGCUACCUCAUGUCAAAAGAGAUUCCCUUCUCUGUAAAGAAGACUAAGAGCAUCUUCAACAGUGCAAUGCAAGAGAUGGAAGUUUAUGUGGAAAAUGUACGCAAGAAACAUGGCGUGUUUAAUUAUGCCCCAUUCAGAACACCAUAUACACCAAACAACCUGUUCCAGAUGCUGCUGGACCCAAGUAACCCCAAGAAAGGCACAGUCAUGCCAGAGAAACAGGACAAGAUCAAGUUUAACUUUGACAUGACUGCAUCUCCCAGAGCACCCCUGGGAAAGAGUGUGGGACAAAGGAUGAGUGACAUGCCCAGGUCUCCAAUGAGCACCAAUUCCUCAGUACAUACUGGAUCAGACCUUGAGCAGGAUGCAUCAGAGAAAGGAACAAGAAUCCCAUCUAGCCACUACAGUACAGGAGAAGACUCCAUGGAUUGCACAGCAUCGCCAGCAGGUCUGAAGAUCACAGGUAGCCCAAAACCUAUCCCAUCAACACCUCUUAAACAGGAGCGAAUGCAAAAUGCAGCCAGCAUCCUCAACCUAAAUCUUGAUCGCAUAAAGGCAGAAAUGGACCUAAAGGAGCUGAGUGAGGCUGUACAGCAGCAGCAAGGCCCAUCUGUAGUCCUUACCUCCCCAAAGAAACCCACUAGAAGUUUGGAUAAGACCAUAGAGAGCUGCAAGGCCCAACUAGGCAUUGAUGAAAUCACUGAAGAUGUGUACCCUAGUGUGGAUCACAGUGAUUCUGAUGAUUCUGACAAGUCUGAUACAAGCGACAGUGAGUAUGCAAGUGAAGAGGAGCAGGAGCUGAAAAAUGCCACAAAGAAUGAAGACCAUGAGGAAGCUACCUUUAAAAACAAAAAGAGACUCAGACCUACAUCUUCGCAACCACAAAACAAUAAGAACCAGUCAGAAAACAUAACUGAGAAAGUGGCCCCAGAUCCCCCACUCAAAAAGAAAGCUUGUGGUGUUUCAGAGAAGGAACCCCAGGAAAAGCCCAGGACAAACCAGCAGACACAGUCCCAAAAAGAGAGACCUUUGGUUGGUCAUGAGGGCAAGGCUGGAGCUGCGGAUGCAGAUUCAGACUCAGAAAGAGAACUAGUGAUUGACCUUGGUGAGGAGCAGGGAGGAAGAGACAGGAAGAAACCAAAGAGAGAGGCUUCAUCAAUCUCCAACUCUAUAACCAAAGACAACACCGUCAUCAAAACUGAAGGAAAGGCUCCAGCUGCUGCCAGCCCAUCAGUCUCUCCCUCCACAGUACCCUCUGCUUCAUCCUCCAAACCCAGCACAAGAGAUUCAACCCAGCCCGUCUCCAAGCCACCAAACACUACUUCCACCCCACCUCUCACUUCUGCCAGUACCACCGCUGCACCAGCUACUGCUUCUGCAACAAAUUCCUCUACAUCUGCUGUGGUAAAGAAACAACGCCCUCUGCUGCCAAAGGAGACAGCACAGUCUGGCCAGGCAUCUGUGGUUUGGAACCAGAAUGGAAAUAAGAUCCAGACAUCUUCACCGAAGUGGCAUCUGCAAAAGGUUCCGAAGCAGCAACAUGGCUCGCAGUCACAAAGUCCAGCAAAUUCCAACAAUGGCAGCACCCGCUACCAGACUAGGCAGUCUGUUAAAGCUGUCCCCCAAAAGGACACCUUGUCUGCAUCCUCUAGUUCAGUCCUGGCUGUAGACUUCCUCACCCCACCUGCCUCUGCUGAUGUAGCAGCUGACAUUGGCAAGUACACCUCUAAAAUAAUGGAUGCUAUUAAAGGAACGAUGACUGAGAUAUACAGUGAUCUUUCCAAAAGCACAACAGGAAACACUAUUGCUGAGAUACGAAGGUUGAGGAUUGAGAUUGAGAAGCUCCAAUGGCUGCAUCAACAAGAGCUUUCUGAGAUGAAACAUAAUCUGGAACUUACCAUGGCUGAGAUGAGGCAGAGUUUGGAGCAAGAGAGGGAGAGGCUUGUGUCAGAGGUAAAGAAGCAGAUGGAGGUGGAGAAACAGCAGGCUGUAGAUGAAACGAAGAAGAAGCAGUGGUGUGCCAACUGUAAGAAGGAGGCCAUUUUCUACUGCUGUUGGAAUACCAGCUACUGUGAUUAUCCUUGUCAACAAGCCCACUGGCCUGAACAUAUGAAAUCUUGCACGCAGUCAGCCACAGCACCACAGCAAGAGCCAGAAGACGAGGCCUCUGUGGUUCCAGUACCCAAAACCUCAGGACAAUCACCUAAAUCCCAGCAUUCACCUCUAACCAACAAAAGUUCACCAACACCCAAAGCCCCCUCACCCACAGCAGACAACACUAAAUCAAACGCCACCACUUCUGUGUCCUAACCAGAACUAUGAUGUCAUUCCUUUAUGGUCACCACCAUGGAUCCUUUUGGACUGGGGUCUACAAUUUGUGAUUUUCUUCUUCCUCCUCCUCGUCGUCGUCUUCUUCUUCUUCUUCUUCUUCUCAAAGCAAAGACAAAUUAAACUUGCACUCCUCAGAUGCCCAGUUCACUACAUCUGAGGAUGUAAAAUUUUUAAUAUACAUUUCUGAGUCAUUCAUUGUAUUUUUUUUUAAGUCUACAUAAAAUUGAUUUGUACAAAAACUGAAACUUUCAUAUAUAAUAUGUUAAUGUAAUACUGUUUUUUUACACAGAUUUGAGUUUUAUACAGUUCAGAUCAAAUCAAGUUCAGACAAGCUCAGUUUUUUAUGUACUCGCUGCACUUACCAGUGUCUUUAGAGAUGGAUACGUUUUUGUUUUUUUAGAUAAUGGGGUCUGUUAAUCAUGGUGGGAUUUUAUUCAUUCACGUUAUGCUUUGAUUCUCACUACAUCACUCAAGACAUUCUUUGUAGCCAUCUUACUGUGGUCAAGGAUGUAUUUUGUAUUUCACAUCAGGUUUUCAGUUGUUUACAUAUUGUAAAUGAUUAAAAGGAGAUGGCUAUCUGUAAGAAAAAAUAAAAUCAACUCAUUUCUGAACUUAAA